AUGGACAUGAGGGACGGGCUGUUGAGGAUGAUGCCCAAUGGGCCUGCAGGGCCCGUUGAAAGGAGAAGGACCACCGUCCGUUCGAAGAUGUGGACCCCGUCCAGCUUCUCCGUUGCGAUGAGCAGGCACCCUCUUUCCGGCUCGUGGAUGGCGUGGGCCCAUCUAUCUCCCACCGUCACCAGCUGCGGCGGCGGUUGUGCUGUACGCUUCUCGUCUAGAUCUGCCGCCGGCGAGCUUUUCCCGGUGCUCGCGGUCAUAAAGGCUUGCUCGUUAGCGACCAUUUUCGCCCUGAACCAUCUCCAAUCAGCCUGCAGGAAGGAUUCGGCGUGCUGA